AGCGUGCUGUCUGCUGACGUCAUCACAGGACACACGUGACGCUUGCGAUCACAUGACGAGCAGAAGCCGAAAACAGGAAGGAGCGCAUCAAAGAUAUCUAUUAAUAAUCAGGAUAGGAUGUGAGGAUGGCCUCAGCGGUGGAGAGGACGGAUGAUCUGGUGCGAGAGUAUCUGAUAUACCGCGGUUUCACCAGCACACUGAAGCAUCUGGACUCAGAGAUCAAAGCAGACAAAGAGAAAGGCUUCAGAGUUGAUAAGAUCAUCGAUCAGCUCCAGCAUCUGAUUCAGAGUUAUGAUCUGACGGGUCUGAAGGAGUACUGGACGUAUCUGGACCGCAGGCUCUUCUCCAGACUGGAGGACGUCUACAGACCCACCGUCAACAAGCUGAGGACCAGCCUCUACCGCUUCUACAUCAUUCACACGGUUCAGAUGAAGAAUCCCGAGAAGACGCAGGAGUUUUUCCUGAAGCAGGUGCUGGAGCUGCAGGCUCAGCCGGAGUGGCGUGAUUGGUUCGCUCUGCCCUUCAUCCCGGCGCCGGAGCAGAAUCCCUCCUUCUCUCCGUAUUUCUCCCGCCAGUGGGCCGACACCUUCCUGGUGUCUCUGCACAACUUCCUGAGCGUCCUCUUCCAGUGCAUGCCUCAGCCUGUGCUCUUGAGCUUCGACAGUGAAGUCCAGAGAAUCACGAGUGUUCAGGAGGAGAGCGAGCAGCUCAGACAGCAGUUAUUUGCUCUUCACGGAGAGUCGCGCCUGAAGAAAGACGAGGAGAUGGUCCAUCACAAACUCCCGCCGUACGUCCAGCACAUGGACCGACUGGGGGACACUGAGCUAGAUCUCGUGUCCAGUCAGAGGAACGUCAACAUGACCACGCCGUCCAGAAACUUCUUCUCCACCUUCCUCCCUCAGGGCCGACGGACCCCCGGGAAAAUGGCCCCGGGGCCCCAAUCCUCACCCACACAGGCCUCGCUGGGCCGGAAGGACCCCGCCGCCACAGCGCAGUCUGCGAAGGCAAAAGAUCCGCCUUCCGCAAAAGACUUGAAGAUGCCCACUGUUUCCACGGUGACGGUGGAUUUGGCCACAGGUCAUUCCCGACAGAGACGGCACCAUGACCACGAGAAAGAGAGAAAAGAGCUGCUCUCCAAACUCCCACCGCAGAGUUCAGAGAAGAAAAACGAUUCGGAUCCAGACACUCAAACCGAAGCUCUUCCUGAUCAGACAGACUCCACCAAUCAGACGCGAGUCUGUGAUGUGGGCGGAGCUUCAGUGGAGCAGCCCUUCAUUAAACUGAGUCAGGAGGAGUAUAUAGAGCAUCACUCAUCCAUCAUGCACUGCAGGGUGGACUGCUCGGGCAGGAGAGUGGCCAGUCUGGAUGUGGACGGGGUGGUGAAGGUUUGGGCCUUCAAUCCCAUCAUGCAAACCAAAGCCACUAUCAUGUCCAAGUCCCCGCUGCUCUCUCUGGAAUGGGCGGCCAAACCCAACAGACUGCUGUUGCUCGGCAGUGGCGUCGGCACGGUAAAGCUUUACGACACGGAUGCCAAGAAGAGCCUGUAUGAGAUGACCAUAGACGACAUCCAUCCACGGAUCCUGUCGCUAGCCUGCAGUCCGAGCGGAACGUCGUUUGUCUGCUCUGCCGCGGCUCCGGCUGCUCAAUCUGGUGUUGUGAUGGAGGGCGAAGCACAAGUUUCGGCUCCUGUAUCCGGACAGCUGCUGCUGUGGGACACCAAAACCGUCAAACAGCAGCUACAGUUUGCGUUGGAGCCGGGUCCGGUCGCCAUAAACUGCACGGCGUUUAACCACAACGGAAACCUGCUGGUGACCGGAGCCGCAGACGGGAUGAUACGACUGUUCGACAUGCAGCGCUAUGAGAGCGCGUUGAGCUGGAAGGCUCAUGAUGGUGAAGUGUACAGCGUGGAGUUCAGCUACGAUGAGAAUACCGUCUUCAGCAUCGGAGAGGACGGGAAGUUUGUGCAGUGGAAUAUCCACCGCUGUGGCGUGAAACAGUCGGAGUACUCGCUGUCCCAGGAUGCCGUGGGGCCGUUUGUUCUGUCGGGUUACAGCGGCUAUAAACAGGUUCAGGUUCCACGCGGUCGACUCUUCGCUUUCGACUCUGAGGGCCAACAUGUUCUCACCUGCUCCAGCAACGGAGGAAAUAUCUACCGGUUGAAUAAGGCGGACGCGGGUCUGGAAAGCGUCUUGUCUCUCGGCGGUCAUAAAGCGCCCGUCGUGACGGUUGAUUGGUGCUCAGCGAUGGACUGCGGCACCUGCCUCACUGCGUCUAUGGAUGGCAAGAUCAAACUCAGCACGCUGCUCGCUCAGAAACCCUGAGCUCACAAAGCAAGUACAGCGGAUCUGAAACGAGCAUUUAGAGCCAGUGAGGAAGAUGAUGAUGAUGACUGAAGCAGAAUCUCUGCUAACGUUUAAAUCACGUGAUGUCUUAUGAACCAAUCAUCCCUGACAGGUGACCAUUAGAAUAUCAAAACAAUGUUACUGAUUUAAAGACGACAAAUCUACAUUUUCACUGAAUGAUAUAACAGACCAUAUAGAUCCAGAGAGUGAUGACGUAUUAUAUUUUUCACAAAGCAUUUAUGUUUCUUUGCGAGUUAGUGAUGUCUAAGAAUAUGUGGAGAAAUGUUACUUGAGAAAAGAACAAACGAACUAAGAUGGUGUUUUUUUCUUACUUAUGGAACCAUAAAAUGCAACUUAACCAAGUAAUAAAGCAUCUGAAUGAUGUUUAAACAAAUUAUAAUUUUUUUGCGUCCUGUUGUGCAUUAAAAAACAUGAUCAAACAAAAUCCUGUGCAUCAUUUAAAGUGCGCUUUUGUGAUUGAAUUACAAAUACAACGACAAACAAAUGAAUUUGAAAUAUAUUCACAGCAAUAGAAUUGCAAGUCUCUUAAAACGGUUUUAAAGCAAAAAUAACCACUUAGAUGAAUGAUUCAUUAUAAAUGUGUGUUAUUUACUCAUGUACGCAGUGUUUUACAGAUAGUUAUGUAAUGUCCUAUAUCAUGGUAUCCAUGUGUAGAUAUUAAACCAGGUUUACUUUUUUUUUUAAUCUAGUCAUGAUUAGAGAUUUGAUUAAACAGGAUUGGUUAGUAAUUCUAUCAGUUUCAACUCUCAAGUGUUAACAUUUUCCAUUGUAAGUGCAUUCAUGGUUCAGUUUUUGAGGGAAAAGUAGUUUGAUUAUUGGUAAUUGAAAGGGAUAGAACACACACACACAC